ACCAAUGAACUGCUGUCGUUUGUUAUUGUGCAGAAGAGGCGGUCGAUGCUGGAGCGGAUGAAAGCACUGCACAUGUAAUUAGUUUAUUUAUCAGCUUAAUCUUCAGCCUAAUUUCGCUAUGCCGUAUGCCAAUCAGCCCACGGUGAAAAUCACGGAGCUGACGGACGAGAACGUGAAGUUUGUGAUCGAGAACACGGAUCUCGCGGUGGCGAAUUCGAUUCGACGUGUGUUCAUGUCAGAAGUCCCAACCAUUGCUAUCGAUUGGGUUCAGAUUGAUGCCAACUCCUCUGUGCUUCACGAUGAGUUUAUUGCACACAGAGUGGGGCUAAUUCCACUCACAAGCGACGACAUUGUUGACAAGAUGCAGUACUCGCGAGACUGCACGUGCGAUGAUUUCUGUCCGGAGUGUUCGGUCGAGCUCACGCUGGAUGUGAGAUGCACUGAAGACCAGACGCGACACGUGACCUCACGAGAUCUCCUGUCCAAUAACCCCAGAGUGAUUCCCGUAACAUCCAGAAGUCGAGACAACGAUCCCAACGACUACGUGGAGCAGGACGACAUCCUGUUGGUGAAGCUGCGGAAGGGUCAGGAGCUGCGUCUCAGAGCAUACGCUAAAAAGGGUUUCGGCAAGGAGCACGCCAAAUGGAAUCCCACCGCAGGGGUGGCCUUUGAGUACGACCCGGAUAAUGCGCUGAGACACACGGUGUACCCAAUUCCACAGGAAUGGCCUAAAAGCGAAUAUUCAGAAAUCGAAGAGGAUGGAGUUCAAGCUCCAUACGAUCCUAACGGCAAGCCAGAAAGGUUCUAUUACAACGUUGAGUCCUGCGGUUCUCUUCGGCCAGAGACCAUCGUCAUGUCAGCUUUCGCUGUACUCAAGAAGAAACUGAGUGAUCUGCAGACGCAGCUCAGCCACGAAAUUCAAAGCGAUGUGCUCACCAUUAACUAAUGUUAAAACAAUGCUUAUUUUUGGAUCUGGCGUUUGGGAAAGUAUAUUUUUUUCAGCUGUUAUGUUCAUUCGCAUGAAACCGUGUCACGAUGGGGAAUUCUAUGAAUAAUAAAACACAUAAAAAUA